GCACGCAGUAAAGAGACUUGCAGUGUACCGAACUCGCAAGCCAUUGCACUCGAAGAAGAAGAAGAAGAAGAAGAAGAAGGCUCGGUUCAUUCCCCGUUGCAUGAGCGAGAACUCGCGGCCGCGUCGGGCGCCGAUCUCGCCAAUCCACUGAAAGGUCUCCGGCCGGAGCUCCUGCGAUUUGCUCGCCGCGAAUGGCGGAUCGGAGAUCGUUCCUCAGCGAGGGAAUGGUGACCUACGCCUACAUCCUCCUCUACAUCGCCCUCUCCAGCGGCCAGAUCUUCUUCAACAAGUGGGUUUUGUCAUCAAAGGAGAUGAAUUUCCCCUAUCCUCUUGGGUUGACUCUACUUCACAUGGUCUUCUCCUCUGUCCUGUGUUUUCUGCUUACAAAAGUUUUCAAGAUAAUGAAGGUGGAUGAAGGGAUGACACUAGAAAUAUAUUCUACCUCAGUGAUCCCGAUUGGUGCAAUGUUCGCAAUGACCCUUUGGCUGGGGAACACUGCCUACCUUUACAUUUCUGUUGCAUUUGCCCAGAUGUUGAAGGCAAUCAUGCCGGUAGCUGUUUUCGUUCUAGGAGUGGCAGCAGGACUUGAAGUGAUGAGCUGCAGAAUGCUUUUGAUUAUGUCAGUGAUAAGUUUUGGAGUCUUAGUUGCAUCUUAUGGGGAAAUGAACAUAAGCUGGAUUGGUGUUGUUUACCAGAUGGGUGGCGUCGUUGGCGAAGCUUUGAGACUUAUUUUCAUGGAAAUUCUGGUAAAGAGGAAAGGACUCAAGUUAAAUCCUGUAUCUCUUAUGUAUUAUGUGAGCCCUUGCAGUGCGAUUUGCCUAUUUAUCCCGUGGAUCUUUCUAGAGAAACCCAAGAUGGAUGCUCGCGGAACAUUGGACUUUCAUCCCCUCAUUUUGACACUCAACUCUCUGUGUACCUUUGCACUCAAUUUGUCAGUUUUCCUGGUGAUAACUCAUACAAGUGCUCUGACCAUACGUGUUGCGGGCGUUGUCAAAGAUUGGGUGGUGGUGUUAGUGUCUGCCCUUCUAUUCGCUGACACAAAGCUCACAUUGAUAAAUCUUUUUGGCUAUGGGAUUGCCAUCGCUGGUGUAGCAGCAUAUAACAACCAUAAGUUAAAGAAAGAAGCUUCUCGAGGCAGCUCUGGGGAUGAGCAACAUGCUGAAUCUAUGCAAUUGACAUCGUCAUCAACACUGGCUUCUGAGAAGUAGAAACAAACUAUUCAGAGGACACCCCAGGUUCCUGCUCCUAGAGAAUUCUUUUGUUUACAGUGGGACAGAACCGACCCGUGAAGUGGAGAAACUGAUCCCUAGACGCGUGGCGAGCCCAACAACUGUAUCAUCUAAUGAAGAAAAUUAUAAUGAUUCGUCUUUUCCUGGUUUUUUAAAUGUUUCAUAUAUCACACCCUGAUCUGUUUGUAGAGCGAAACUGCAGAGGAAAUGUUCCGUAAAUCAUGAAAGAUCUGUGAGGUCACAUCGUAUGCAAUUUUUAAUGUCCAGAGCAAUUGAUAGGAUGA